AUGGCUGGCGGCGGCGGCGGCGCGUCGCCGGCGCGGGACGGCGGGCGGGAGGAGUGGCUGCGCAUCUACGACCGGAUGGUGGCCGUCCUGCGGAAGAGCCACCGGGACGUGGAGGCGCUGCUCGCCGACCGCAAGCGCCUCGAGGCCGUCCUCAAGAUCCAGCACGACUUCUGGCUCCACCGCGACGCCGUCCUCCGGGACCGCCUCGACGAGACGCGGAGGGUGGAGGACUGCCUGCGGCGGGGCGACGCCGCCAAGCUCGACCUGCUCCUCGGCGACAAGGACCUCGAGGUGCGCCGCCACCGGAUCUACAUCGAACACCAAGAUGGUGACUUGGAGGAUUUCAAAAGAGAUGCAGCUGCUUUGGCUCAAGAAAACAAUGAAUUGAAGAUAAAACUGAAGGAAGCUGAAAGUUGUGCCGAGCUCAGCGAGCCAACUACAGACCCCGAGCACAGUGGAAGAGAUUUGAGAGCAGAGAUAAGGAAGCUAAAGAAAGCCUAUAAGGCCCUGAGCUCGCAGAAGGAGAGCGAGGUUUCCGCGUUACUCGCAGAAAAGGAUUUCGUGUGGAACCAGUACAAGACAAUGGAGAAGGACUACGAGACGCUCCUUAAGAAGAAGAAGAUGGAGGCAGCACAGGCUACUGAAGCAGCCGAGAAGCUUCAGCAGAAGGUGGAGGAGCUGCAACUGCAAGUGUCAGCCCAAAAGAAGGAUGACGAUGUUGGCAGAUUGCAAGCGGAAGCUAAUGAUGCCAAAAAGAAGGUGCUGGCUCUUGAGGAUAAGCUACAAAAAAUGCACUCCCUGGUCAGUGAGAAAGACGAUGAGAUCCAAAAACUCAAGAGUGGGCACCUUCAGGCUAGUCAAAAGCGGAAGAAGGAUAUCAGCGGGACACAUAGAAGAUCUAGGUCUGAAGGUCCAUCUGUACGGGGGAAGUCUAAAAGUAAUCCUCGGAGGCAAAUGGCAGAAGAAGAUCAACCCGAGACCAGUCAGAAGCGUCAGUGUGCCUCUUCGUUAUCAAGUGGACUGGCGCUCCGGCGCUGCUCCUCGAGGAUGACGCACCUGAAACCCGCGUCGUCGUCGUCGUCGCCUGCGCCCCAGCAGGUACUCUUCCACUCCAGUUUCAAGGUCCCAAAGCUGAAAGCCCCCGCCCCUCCUCCCCCUCCUCCCUCGUAG